CUGGAGCAGGAAUGUCGCCAACUGCCAAUUGGGUUCUGCCGCUUUUGCUGUGGCUUCUCUGCGCGGGAUUCCCCAGCCUGCAUGGAGCCGAUCUCUGCCAGCCCGUCGGCUGGCGGAACUUCCAGUGCAACGAGGUCGCUUCUCUGCAGGAUCUGGUAGAACUGGGCGCCGAAAACUGGCACACGCUCUCCAUACGCAAUGUGCAAACCGAACUGGAGGUGGGAUCAGGCGAAACUGCCGAUCACUUGGCCAACUUACUGGAUCUGGAUCUGACUGGCGCGGCUCCAAUAAAUGUGCAUACCAGUGGCUUUGCCAUUCUGCCCAAUCUGCGCCACCUGAAUCUCAGUGGUUGCGGCCUGGCUGACAUCCGGGGAAACCACUUUGCGGCUGAGUCAGCGCUGCAGCGGAUCGAUUUUAGUCACAAUCAGAUGGAGCUACUGGACCGCGACUUCUUUGGCCGCCUGAGGAAGUUGAUUUAUGCGAACUUCUCGCACAAUGCCCUCAAGCAAUGCGAUCUGCCGCACAUGCCGCUGCUGAAUCGACUGGAAUUGGGGCACAAUCGCUUGGUAAAUGCCACUUUCGGAGUUUGUCCACAGCUGCAGGAGUUGAUUUUGAAUGACAACCAACUGGCACAGUUGGACGUGAACGCCUUUCGAGGACUGCAUGGCCUGUUGGAGCUGCAGCUCAGCGGGAAUAGAUUGAGCUCCAUUGGCCUGGAAACCUUUCAGCCGCUCGCCCAGCUGCGAAAGUUGAACCUUUCCCGGAACGCCCUCGAUGCACUGCGUCCGAAUGUGUUUGGCGCUGUUCAGAACUUUGUGCUGCAUCUGCAGCAACUGGAUUUGUCCGGGAAUCGCAUUCGCCUGCUGUUCGACAACCAGUUCCGAGUGCUGGCCAGACUCCAGAUGCUGGAUGUGUCCAGGAACAGCAUCGCCAGCAUCAGUCCCGGCCACUUUGUGGGCUUGGGCGCACUACGGAAGCUGUAUCUGCAGUACAAUGCCAUUCUGGAAAUCAAGCCGGCUACCUUUGCCGUCCUGCUGAACCUGGACACCUUGGAUCUGUCGUACAAUAACCUGGAGUUCGUGGAGGAGCAGAUCUUUGGCAGCAACACCUUGCCUCGCAUGCGAAGGCUCAACUUAAAUGGCAAUCGCAUGAAGCAGCUGCAUCCACUGGCCUUCUCAUCGUUGCCAUUCUUGGAAUACCUGAAACUGGGCCAUAACGAACUGAAGUCCUUGGACGUGCGAAUGUUUGCGCCCAUGCGGCGUCUGCAGAAGCUCCAUUUGGGUCACAAUCUGCUGGAGGAGAUCAGCCUCGAUGUGCUGGAGAGCCUCAGUAGCGUGCAGGAGAUCCUGGUGGACAACAAUCGCCUGACCUUUCUGUCCAAGGUGAAUGUGAGCUUCCCGAACCUCAAGCGCGUGUCCAUCGAGGGCAAUCCCUGGCAGUGUCCCUGCUUCGUCAAGCUCCAACUCUGGUUGGCCACCAGGGAUGUGGUCUAUCUGCGCGACAACACGGGUUACUACAAGGGCGAACGACCGCUUUGUAUAGUGACCAAUGUGGAUAACUGCAUCCAGAAUUUACAGGCGGUGCGGCGCCUUGGAAUUUUAGGCGACUUCCAGGGGGAACAGGUGGAGGCGGAUGCUUUCGACGAAGAUGCCAGUGCAGCACAAGACUGAUAGGUGCAUGAUUGCUACCUUCUACUCGUAUUUAUAAUCAAAACAAUUGCUAAAACCCUAAAAGAUACCGACUACCUUGUCAUUCCAUUUUGUUUGCCCUGGGAU